CAUAAAUCACUGACAUAAAUGGCGUUAAAUUCCUGGUUCUUCUUGAAGCCUCAUGUAACAGUUUAAGAUGUUCAGCUGGAUGAACAAAACCAAAGAGGUGCACCAUGAGUGCUUCGAUACAGUAAUCGAAGGACUCAAGAGUAUAUACAAGUACAAGAUGUUCCCAUUGGAACAGCAUUAUUUAUUCCACGAAUUUCAUUCACCGCCUCUCAACGAUGCUGAUUUCGACGCCAAACCACUUAUUCUACUAGUGGGACAGUACUCAACAGGAAAAACCACUUUCAUAAAAUACCUCCUGGAGAGGGAUUUCCCAGGUAUGAGAAUAGGCCCCGAACCCACUACAGACAGGUUUAUAGCAGUUAUGUAUGGCGAGAAUGAGGGUGUCAUACCAGGCAAUGCACUCGUGGUGGAUCCUAAAAAACAAUUCAGACCUCUUUCGACUUUUGGAAAUGCCUUCCUGAAUAGAUUCCAGUGUUCGAUGGUCAAGAGUCCAGUACUCAAAGGGAUCUCAGUGAUAGAUACUCCAGGAAUACUUGCAGGUAUUUGUGAGAAGCAAAGAAUCGAUCGUGGUUAUGAUUUCAUUGGAGUCCUUCAAUGGUUCGCAGAGCGAGUUGACAGGAUCAUCCUGCUCUUCGACGCCCACAAAUUGGAUAUUUCGGACGAAUUCAAGAGAUCCAUAGAGGCUCUAAGAGGACACGAUGAUAAAAUAAAAAUAGUGUUGAAUAAAGCGGACAUGAUAAACUCCCAACAGCUGAUGCGAGUAUAUGGAGCCCUAAUGUGGUCACUCGGAAAGGUGUUUCAGACCCCCGAGGUUGUAAGAGUCUACAUAGGUACCUUCUGGGAUCAGCCUUUACGGUAUGACAGCAACAAACAGUUGUUCGAAGACGAAACUCAAGAUCUAUUCAAAGACCUUCAAUGCCUCCCGAGAAACUCAGCUUUACGCAAACUCAACGAUCUGAUCAAAAGAGCGAGGCUGGCUAAAGUUCACGCUUACAUCAUAUCAGAGUUGAAGAAGGAGAUGCCAAACAUUUUCGGAAAAGAACAUAAGAAGAGGGAGCUCAUCAAAAACCUCCCCGUUCUUUACGAGAAGAUACAGCAGCAGUACUCGAUCUCCCAAGGGGAUUUCCCUGACGUGAAGAAAAUGCAGGAGUUGUUGACCAAGUACGAUUUCAAUAAGUUUCAUAGCAUCAAGCCGAGGAUGCUGGAGGAGGUUGAUGCGAUGUUGCGUAGUGACAUCGCCCAACUCAUGGCGAUGGUGCCAAAUGAGUAUUCGGGAGACGCUGAUGUCGAAAUCAGAGGGGGUAUAUUCGAAAAUGUUGGCGAUAACCUGUCGCCGUUUGGUUAUAGGCGAGGAGAAGGGAUUAACGCAGGUUUUGGAGGUUACGGUGAAGUGGAAUGGAUUGUUAAUAAGGAUAGAAAAACGUACGACAAUAUUUUCGACCGGUUGUCUAACAGUACCACGAAGAUCUCUGGAUCCAUGGCGAAAGAAGAGCUUUUGAAGUCGAAGCUACCGAACACAGUGCUGGGUAAGAUUUGGAAGCUUGCAGAUAUCGACCAGGAUGGCUUCCUAGACAGAGACGAGUUUGCUUUAGCCAUGCAUUUGGUGAAUGUCAAGCUCGAUGGUGGGGAUUUACCAAGAUACUUACCGGACCAUCUCAUACCUCCGUUCAAAAAGAGUUCCAAUUAUCCACAUGACUGAAUUAUAUAUUUCUUGAGA